AUGAGGUACGCCCUGGAGUUCAAGAAGUCCCCCUCACACCUCCUGAAGAAAUUUGCAGUGUGUGACAUCCCCCUGUACGACAUAUGUGACUACAACGUCACCAGAGAUCGGUGCAAGGAGCUCGGGUGCUGCUUCUAUAAAGGCGUCUGCUACGAGAAGGCCGUUCCCACUUACGUGCAAGUGUUUUCCGCCUUAAUAGUGAUCAUCGCUGGGGCCUUUAUCGUCACCAUCAUCUACAGAGUUGUCCAAGACUGCAGGCGAGAAAAGCAAGUCCCUGCGGAGGCGCCUGUGUCCCUCCAGGCCAGUGCUCAAGUGGAGACGGUGCCCUCGGGGGAGCAGGCGGGGUCGAGGGGCCUGAGCACGGAGGCUUCGCACAGGAGCGCGGAGAGUGGCGGGGAGGACGCCACACUGACUAUAGCAGAAGAUGAAGAAACUGAGGACUGA